UUUAAUUGUUAUUGUGCUUCCUUUUAUCAGGACGGAACACAUUUGCUGGAGAACAGUUAGACAUGCUUCAACAAAGAAUACAUUUUAAACGAAAACGCAAGUUUUUAGUAAACGCUUUAGGUGUCGAAGCUGCUCGUUAUUUGGAAAAAGGGUUACAAGGCUGCGUCAUAAAAUUUUCAAAAGAAAAUUUUUAUCAUCUUCGUUUCAAGGUUUUGAAUAAAUCAAACACAAGAGAGUGUAAUAAAUGCCGACUAGACACAUUAUUACCUGUACAUUCAAGCCAACAUGGUCGAUGCCCACUAGGUCAAAUGAAAUGCAACUGUAUUUCUCCUUUAGGCAGGAAACCUUGCCCUUCGAAUUUCUGUGACGUCAUGUAUGAUGAAAUUAUCAAACAACAUCGCACUUCAUUAGAUCUAUGGUUGGCGUCUAAAAAUAAAACAAAUUGGCAUCAGAAUCAUUGGGAGAUAACUAAAUUCUUUAUAUCAAACCAAUCUUUAAUAAGAAAACGUGGACGUACCGGCGACUUGCAGUGUGUUGACCUGUUGGAUAUAAUGGUUAACAAUCUUGCAUUUCAAAAGGAAAUGUACUGCCAAAUUAAUCCCCCCGUUUGAUGUGGUCUCAAAGAUAAGGUCCUACCUAAAAACCGAAGUCCACACAGCUGACGAUGACAUGUUCCAAGAUGUAGUGCACAAUAUGAUUACAAUUUUGUCAAGUAUCAUUAACCAGAUGCCAAACACACAUAAAGCUGUACAGGAUCUUCAGGAAUUGGAAAGGAGAUAUGACGAAGAGCAAACGUACCCUCGUCGAGGUUUCCAAAACGAAUCGGAAAAAUUAAAGGAAUCUUUAAAAAAGCGACAGGCAUUUUUCGCAGGGUAUGAAGGUGAAAUGGAGUGGUUUCCUCGCAAGUCUAUAGAGGUUGAUGUUAGAGAGAAACAAUAUGAAGAUACAAUGAAAAAGACAUGUACACAUGACAAAGAUAUAAGUUUUGAAAGAGAUGAUCAGAUCUUAUUACCUAAAGAUGAAUUUGAGCGAGUACUAAUUGAAGCAGAAACAUCUUGUAGAAUAAUGGCAGAAAACAAAACCAAUAUAACAGAAAGUAAAUUACUCAUCCUUCAGGAUAAAAUUGAAUGUCUAAUUCAAGCAAGCGGAACGUCGGCGGCAACUUCAUUUCAGCGCCAAGAUCUUGAUUCAGUCAUAGAGAGAUUUCUGAAUAUCAAGAAAAUGUUUCUGUCAAAGGUCGCUUUUCGCGAUAUGGAAUAUCAGAUCAAGAAACGAGAUUUCAAAAGAGGAAUGCAUUUUGGAUACCACAGAUUGAUGGGCGCAAGUUUAAAUCCUUUGGAUCGUUUGUAUCUGUAUUCCCAUGAUGGUGAAAGGAUUCGCUCCGAAAAAGAUAUUUUUUAUCAAAGAGGUUCAUUGAGCAAAAAUAUAGUUGUUUCAGGUUCAAAAUCAAGCUGCGAAAAGUUGUGCGUGUUCCUUGAAGAAAAUUGUACUCGACAUGCACAUUGGCCGGUCAAUGAGUUCGAAUAUGUUUUUAGGCUGCCACUGAGAUAUAUAAAAGAAACACAUAUACACGAUAUGAUCAAAAGCUAUAUCUUUACACGAAGCAAUGACGCUGAGAUUUUUGAACAAGUUCUGUUCCGAGAGGCAGACAAAUGUUUGAUCAUUCUAGAAGAACUCGACAAAUGGAUACCCUAUGAAUAUGAUGAAUUAGAUAUGAAAAACAGACAGCUUUCAACAGCUCAAAGAAACGUUCAAUUGCCAAAAAGAAAUCACAUGACCGACUAUGUUGUUCUGGUUACAACAGAGGAUAAAAACGUAAAAAACAUUAAACUUGGUGAAACAGAUGGAUUGUUAUAUCUAAGAGGCUCAGAUUCAGAUUCAGAUUUAGAUUCAGAUACAUUUAAUAAACUAGUGUCACAGGGUGAGAAAAAUGUGCAGCUUGACCGGGAAUCAAUCCCGGGACACUCGAAAUACUGUUCCGCGGUUUUUCCGACUAAGCCAUUCUCCGACAGCUUCUAAGAUGACUGUGUUCAUUCCUAGAAACUAAACAGUUCUGAGCUGUAGCAUACUCUCGCUAUAUUGAAUCCGUUCUCGAAUUUCUUAGGGUUACAGAGCAAUGGUAAUUAAACUCUGUGCUUUAUGCAGACACUGUUUCCCUCUGGACACCAAAUGUCACAGGAUGAACAAAAUGCGAGGGUUGACCAGGUUGACCCGUACCUUUGACCCUCGGAAUACGUUCCGCGAGUCAAACGACUGAGCUUUAUGUCCGCUUAAAUAUCUUCUUCCAUAAAAAAUAGUUUUUAACCGUGACACUAGGCCAAUUUAGAAAAUUAAAACUCUCUAGAAAGAACAUUUCCGAAAGACACAGCUGCGAUUGACUUUCAAGGUUGAUGGGAAAUACCAAAAAAAAAAAAAAAAAAAAAA